UCUCUCCCCCGUCUGAUGCUCUCGUAGAUGAAAACAUGUCGUCGCAGUCGUUUGUAUCAUCAGUUUCGCCGACAGUUGCAGCGCCAAACAUCGAACCACCAUGGCUGCUCGCGUCGGUGAUUCGCUACUAACAAUGCUCCUACACUACUGAAACCACCCACGCAUCGUCGUCGUCCAACUGCGACGCGCCACCGCAGAGCCUCUUAAUGCUCGAGGCUCCCGUGUCUUCAAUGCUAUGCACUUUCUGCGCGAGCGCACCUCUUGCCACUUUCACUUCCUUCCCUUCCCUUCCUUUCGCUGUAUCUAAUAAUUUGAGAGCACGCCGGUCGGCUCCGUUGCGCUCGACUUCCAUUCUUUGCUUCACGCCUCUUCCUUCCAGUCCCUUUCCGUUGAGCUGCGCUCCAAUACCGCCAGUAUGCCGACCAAACUGAUGAUGGUCUUCGUUGGCAUGGACCUCCUCUUCGCCGCAUGUGGAGGACUACUGCUAGGCUUUUCUUUGAUUUCAGAGCAGUCGAUGCGGAACACUCCGACAGUGAACAACGUCACGCAGAACUUGCUGCUCGGCCAGUGUCCAUUGACAGCCGGCGUUGUGAACGCAAUCUUCGUCUUCGUCACAUUUCUGCUGUCCCUCCCAGCGCUCUUCCUGCCCACAAAUCGAGGCUGGCUUCGCGCCCAAGGAUGGCUAGUUGUCGUCUGUGCAACCUAUACACUUGGUCUGGGUCUCGCCAUCUGGGUAGAGACGCUGGAGACACGCCGGCACCUUAGCGCAAUCUGGGGACGCGAGUCACCGCUCAUUCAGAGUCUCUUACAGCAGAAGUUCGACUGCUGCGGAUAUGUCAACUCGACCUCGCCUCCAUUCGUGCAGGAUACCACUUGCCCCAAUACCCUUGUCGCUGCUCAGAAAGGUGGUUGCAUUGGCAAGUUUGCCUCUUUUUCCAACAAGUACCUGGACCAGAUUUUUACUGCCGCUUUCGGCAUUGUUGGCGUCGACGUUAUCCUCGUACUCUGCGUUGCCAUGGUCCUCAAAUAUAGGAUGGAGCAGGAACGCUACAAGCAUAUUGACGAGAAGAACGGAUCGGGUGCAUCAUAAGAGGAUAGGACUAAAAUGUAAAGCGGGUUUUGGAAGAGAGGUUAUACGAAGUCCAUGAACGUAUCUUGCAAUCACGAACGCCUCUUUCUUUCCCACCCCUCAGCAUGUGGUGAUACGGUGGUAAUGAGUAAGAAGUCAGCGGCGCUGACGUACUGGAGCAUCUACUUUCAUUUCGUGUUGCCCUUCAUUCUUCAUUUAGCGUUCUUUCAUAGACCACAAUACCUCACAUCUCCAUCCGAUUUACAGAGAAGAAAAAGGGUUUCGCAGCGGGUGCAAGUAUGGUUCAGGGCAGCUAUAUGUACUCGAGAGAACCCAAGGGUUCAAAACAUCCCUGAUCCCUUCCUUAGAAUACCAGCAACAUCCCACCAGACCGUCUUCCGGCAAACGGCAUCGUGUGAAACAAAGCUA